UCUCUCAAUUACUAUGUCUUCACACCGAACACUAGAUACUCUUCCCAGUGAGAUCCAACUCCAGAUCUUUUCGCAGAUCACAGCCCAUGACCUUAGCACCAUUGCUCGAACCUCAAAGCGCCUCAACGAAAUUGCAACACCGCUUCUUUGGACUGACAUUGAACUCCACGAGGAUGGCUACCAUGAGUCCAGGCACGAGCUCAAAGUUCCUCCUCCAGCGCGAGAUCCAGCGCGCCGGCCUUAUCAUUCCAAGCAGAAAUGGGGAAACGGGCAAGGUGCGCGUAUGAAAGCUGCUCAGUUCUUCGAGAUACUGCAAAUAAUGCAUAAAGAGAACCCGAAUCGUUUGCAGCAAAUCACCCAGCGUGUAAGGCAUUUUUGUACCGUGAUUGAUCCCUCGUGGAGGCCCGUGGAUAAGGAUAAUGACUCUGUGGAUACUGAGGCCAUUCAAGUCUGGCAUCUUUUGCCAUAUUUCUCCAACUUGGAAACUUUGGAACUAUACGGAGACUACUAUUAUUCUCAAGACGCCGAGGAGCAAGUUACUGAAAUUCUUGGAUCUCCUCCCAAACUUCGAUUCCUCAAGCUCUCGGGUUACAUGCCGCCUGAAGUGUCAGCAUGGCUUCUUAAAGCAGGAGAUACUCUAGAACGCCUGGAACUCGAUAUGUUGGACCGUCCCAUCUCAACAUAUCUAUCGAAUGAUCCUCAUUAUACUCCUCUUCCAUGCGAGAAGAUAAAUACGGAUGAUGGAAGUGUUUCCGAGUCAGACUACGGAAGUCUGGCCGAUGACAUGAUCAUCCCUCGGCCCCUGGGGAACAUUUUCAAAGAUUAUGAUGACUACAAGUUGAAUUUACCGAAACUAAAGCAUUUGUUUCUUGGUCAGCCGGCAGAGUCAUGCUACACCAACGAUUUCGCAACAUAUAGUUGGUCAAAACGCGCCGAGUCAGCUUGCUACGACGAUUGGCUUAGAAUUCUAGAGGCUUCUAUGAAAACACUUGAGACAUUCGUUCUAGAGCAAAGACCAGCGGCUGAUUAUAUCGAAGGUGAUGGUUACAGCGAAGACAUGUGGAUGGACGAAAGGGCAUGGUCUCAUGCAAGUGAGAUACUUCUUGAGAUGGUGGAAACAGUUAUGUCUUCUGAGACAAGCCAGCUAUGCUUGAAGCGGGUAUACCUAUAUGGUAUAGUCGCUGGUUUAGAAGAAGAUGGUACGCCGUUUUUGGAUUUCCCUGCGGGCAAGUUUAUGCAAUUUCUGAAGGACCGUGGGGUCGAGUGUGAAGCGAGACGGGGGAAGUGGUGCUUCUUUGAUAGACAAUCUGGAUCUGUGGAUUGGUGCCCUUGGAAUGCGGCGUAUGAGGAUGAAGAGGAGGAGGAGGAGGAUAUGGACGAGGACAAAGAUGAAGAUGCAGAACCAAAGGCGAAGUGGGAUACUGUACUAGCCAAGGUUUGA